GGAUUGGCCAUCAGCAGCAAUAAUCUCCGGAUAAGCACCUGGGAUCCUGUGCAAAAGUUAAUUAUAAGAACCUCUGCCCCCUUCUGACCUCGAUGCAUACUCGCAUGAUAAAUGAGCCAAAAAAUUAUGAUUAUGACCAUAUGCCUAGUUCAGUGACCUCCAACCCAUCUCACAAGCAUAAGCCCCAUCCAUCCAACAGGUCACAAUUUCGGAAAAGGCAGAAGCUUGACACAUCAGCAUCAGCAUAUUGGGAUAACCUGUCAAAGAUUUGGUUAACCAAAGAUGCAUUAGAGGAGUUGGAUCGAAGAAACAGCCAUCUGAAACCACCCCAGAACCUUCAUAGACCUAUCACUCGAUGUUUUCACACUGAGCUGAAGAAGAAGCACUGUAAUCCUUUUCAGUUUGCUCCAACCUUUCUCCAUGAUUGUGCACCCACUUGUUCAAAGCAGAUAAAGAGGGUUUCCAGAUCGGGAGGACCUGAUCUAACUGACCUUAGAAAUUAUCCAAAACCUGAAAGCUUCCUUGAAAAAGCAAUGAGCUCAAGGUCCCGGAGUAGAAAGCGACGCCCAGGUUCUUCUCCAUCAGCAAGCACAGAUACAAGGGGUACCACCAAGUCCACGAGCACCACACCCUAUAAUUGUAACUUCCAGCAGAAUCUAAUUGAUCAUGGUGUUUAUCCUGAUGGAUAUGAAUAUCCAGAUGGUCGAAUACCAGUAAUGCCAAAUAACUGGGAGGAGAUCAAUGAAACACUAGCUCGACCCCGAUCCUCUCUUUCCCCAUCAAAGUUCUCUGAUGAGCAUUUUCAGAAAUUCAAACGAGCAGAUACCCACGCAUCUAAAGAGCAACCAGUCACAACAUCAGUGAUUCCUAUCAUUGAAGGUGAUGUUGAUGAUCCCAAAUGCACCGGAGGGGGAUACCUGCUUGGAAAUCUUGCCCCCUUAACUGAUGGCACUCUGGCUCAGGCCAAGCCAGAUCACUUCUAUGGUGCGCGUCCUGAACAGCUCAAUCACCGAAUCCGCAAUGAACUCUGCAAUUAUAUCAUCCCAUCAACACAGGAUGAUCUUCCGAUGAUACCAAAUUUCUUUUUGGAAGCAAAAGGGCCUGAUGGAUCCUUGGCUGUAGCUACACGGCAAGCCUGUUAUGACGGUGCUCUAGGAGCUCGAGGCAUGCACACUCUCCAGUCAUAUCAACAAGACAGAUCAACUUACGACAACAGUGCUUACACUCUUACAUCAACUUAUCAUGGCGGUCAACUCAAGCUAUACACAACUCAUCUCACUGAGCCUGAAGGCCCAGGCCAUCGCCCUGAAUAUAUUAUGACCCAACUCAAUACUUGGGGCAUGACUGGGAACUUGGAAACGUUUCGGCAAGGAGCAUGUGCAUAUCGAAAUGCUCGGGAUUGGGCAAAGGAAAAGAGGGAUGGAUUUAUCAGGUUGGCAAAUGAGAGAUGUCCGGAUGCCAAGUCCCAACAACAUUGUGCGUCUCAGCGAGGGACGGCUACGGAUGAAGCUGUCACCUUAGACGAUUCUGAUGUAUCAACGGUGUUUGAUGAAGGUGCCCAUCAGGAUGUGCAAUGGAGCUUUACGACUCCAGUUGAAGAUGCGGAUGAAGAGUCUUUGAGCAGAAUGCCCAAAAAGCCCAGACUCAAUGCUAGUGUUUCUUUUGGUGGUACAGUGGAUAGGAUUACAAGUCAUCCAAACUGAGAAUGAUGUAUGCUCCACACCUCGUCGGCGGUGGCAGGCAUGACAUCCCCAGCCCUAAACUCCCAACCAACGCGAUUCCCCCCGGUUUGAUAUUAUUAAUUGAUUGGCAAAAUGAGCAAGCAUCAUCGUCGUCAUUGCUGUUGCCUUCGCGAUCGUACAUACAAGUCCGCCAUGACCUAUUACCAGCAUUCCUCUAUUUACUUCGUUCGUCGAAAGCACAAAGAAGCUCGCCAAACUACUCUUCAAUGCAGACUAUCAGCUCAAUGAAACUGAUGAUGACACAGCUCAUUUUGUUCCAAAUUGUUGUAGUAGCCUCAGUCUGCUCAGAGGAUGUUGUACAGUUUGGUUGUAACAGUCCUAUAAAUCUCACUAGCUUAACUUUCUUGAGCCCUUAAUAUAUCUACAAGAUGACAAUUCACUUUUUGCAUUGUAAGAAGAUACCUUAAAACAGCCUAAUGACAAAGCUUUGACACAUUUUUCAAGUUCAUAGAGGAUCAUACAAAUUACUCAACUUGAAUCUCUUCCUGCUUCGGCACCUGCCCAUAGGCCACUUCAACUUACACAUUUUAAACCGCCAGGCCAAACAUCAACCCUGUUCUUUUUCUUAGUUCCAUCCUGUUUUUCGGGCGUGUGUGUUGCUUCGUGAAUAAAGUUUUUUAAUCUGUCUGUGACAUAUCCAUGACUAGUGAUAUGCGUCGAGUUGCUCAGCAUCUUUGAAGCAGAUGGUAAGAUGGAGACCCUUUGAAUCUUUCUGGUAUGUGGCAAGUAUAGAGGUUGUAUUGUGAAUAUCCGACCUAGUACCUAUUAGUAUAUUCCCGUGGGCAAAGGUUUAGAUGAGCCAUACCGGAUGAGAACAGCUUUUGGGUGAAGAUGAAGAUCAUUUGCAGUCUAAUAUGCCAAAGCCAUCAAUUGAGGGAGCCGUGGAGUAGGGAUGGUGCCCACGAUGUAGAACUUGACUAGGUUGGCCAUUCUCUCUUGGGGCGUAGAGUAUAAAAUUUCCAGAAGACGCUUCUUCUAUUCACAUUCAUAGGAGAGACGUCUAUUGGAGGUGAAAUAUUCUUGAAACAGAUCUAUGAAGAAGUAAAAGGAGGGGUAACAUGGACAUGCUCAAUCCGGGUCGGCGCUAGAACAUUGUUAGGGGUAAGGCUGAGCCAAGCAAUGUUAGAGGCAUCCUCCUCCCCUAUAUUGCAAGUAAAAUUCCAUUUGAAAAAAUUCUGUUUCACAGUCAUUGAUAGGAGCGAGAUUUUGAACUAUUGUGAAAGACUUGAUGUUUGUCUCCAGACACACUAGCAAGCACACCAAGAGGAAAAUGAUAAAAUGAGUUGUUAGCUGAGGGAAUUCGCAAGGCAGCCCACGUAAUUCUUUUCUCAA